GGCGGGCUGCUUUGGCAACGUCCAUUCUGGAGCUACAUCAUCUGCAAUUGAUCAACAAUGUUCGCCCAAAGAGUGUUACAGAGCUCGACCAGACGGCUGGUUAACCAGCGCCCGAGCAGUGUCGUCACCUUCGCAUCGCCCGCGGCGGUGGCCACAAGCACGCGAUUCUUGCAGAGAAGAGAAGUGACGUCGCAGAACGUGUCCAAAGAAGCCGCCGGCGAGAUUCUUGCGAAACAACGUCUGCGCCGACCAGUUUCCCCUCACCUCUCCAUCUACCGCUGGCAGAUAACUUGGAUACCCUCGGCCGCCAACCGUGUGACGGGCGUGGCGCUCUCUGGGUUGUUCUACCUCUAUGGCAUCGGCUAUCUAAUCGCCCCCGCGAUGGGCUGGCACCUCGAAAGUGCUGUGGUCGCUGCCUCAGUUGCCGCGUGGCCGGUCGCCGCGAAGGUUCUGCUGAAGACGACUUUGGCUCUACCUUUCACAUUCCACAGUCUGAACGGGUUGAGGCAUCUGACGUGGGACCUCGGAAAGAUGAUCACGAACAAGAAGGUUCAACAAACUGGCUGGACUGUCGUCAUCGCAAGCGUACUCUCGGCGCUCUACCUCGGCGCUGUAUACUAGAGUGAAAAAUGACAGGAAAAGAGAUUGAAUUUGUUUCAAAGCCUUAUGGCACAUGUCAUUCUCGUAUGUAUGCUAGCUGUGAGCGGAGCUAAAGUUCUGUCAAUUCUUCAUCCCUAGGCCCUUUUUCUUAUUUCUUAAACUUCAUUGAUCACAAAGUGUGCAUAUUUCUUCAAUGUCCCAACUAAUCAGUUCCAAGAUAUAAGUCAGAAGAAUUCAGCUACGUUGACGCUAGUUUAUGUACCAAAAACAAGAGCUUCAAACUCAGUCCCUC